ACUCCCACCCGGCUUCGCUUCUUCCCAAGCAAGGAGGAGCCGAGCAGGGGACGGGACGGGACGGGCUCGGAGGACCCGCCUCGCGUGCUCCGCGGUUCGCCCAUCCUGCCUCGCCAUCGCCGGCUUCCUCCCCCUCGGAGCGGCUGGCCAAGGAAAUAACAAAAAGGCACUAUGAGUUUAGCGAGUGGUAUGACCAAUGGCCAUGGGAAAGAAGCAGCAUUAUAUGAGGAGCAUAUGUCCAAGAUUGGUAAAGUUAGAUCUGCCCUAGGACAACUAUCUGGAAAAUCAGCUCUAUAUUGUUCAGACGCUUCAAUUGCAAGAUACUUGAUAGCAAGGAACUGGGACGUGAAGAAGGCCACAAAAAUGCUGAAGAAAACCUUGAAAUGGCGUUCAGAAUAUAAGCCAGAUGAGAUCCGUUGGGAUGAUAUAUCUGAUGAAGCUGUGACUGGAAAAAUUUACCGAACCGAUUACUUUGACAAGAGUGGCCGGAGUAUCCUUGUCAUGAGACCUGGAUGCCAGAAUACCAAAAACGCCAAUGGGCAAGUCAAGUACUUGGUAUACUGUAUGGAGAAUGCGAUUCUAAAUCUGCCACAUGGUCAGGAUCAGAUGGUUUGGCUCAUUGAUUUCGCUGGCUUCAACUUGGGCAACCUGUCAAUUCACGUGACAAAGUUGACGGCAGAUGUUCUACAAGGCCAUUAUCCUGAAAGAUUGGGUGUGGCAAUUCUUUACAAUGCCCCAAAGUUUUUUGAGCCUUUCUGGAAGAUGGCAAGCCCGCUUCUUGAGAGGAAGACCAGAAACAAGGUCAAAUUUGUAUACUCAGAUAGGCCUGACACCAUGAAGAUCUUUGAAGAUCUUUUCAACAUGGAUGAGCUAGAGUGUGCAUUUGGUGGCAAGAACCCAUCUACUUUCAAUAUAAAUGAUUAUGCCGAGAGGAUGAGAGAAGAUGACAAGAAGAUGCCAUCAUUCUGGAGCCCUGAGAAUUCAGCUCUUACUUCGGAGCCAUAUCUGAUGAGCAACCAAAAGCCCCGAGAAAGCAGCUCCGUGGGUGCCAAGACAGAACAGACUGAAUCUGAAAAGAGGGAAGAUGCAGAUACUACGGAUACUACACCUGAAAAGAAGGAAGAAUCAGAUACUGAAUCUGAAAAGGAGGAAGAAACACAGACUGAAUCAAGCACAGUUGAGCAGAAGAGCUUGCCAGGAGAAGGUACUGCCCCAGCAGAUAAAAGUGGCCCCUAAUGUGAUCUGUGAGUAUCACCGUCAAACGUAAAUGCUAAAUGUCAAUAGGAACUCUACCACAGUGAGUUUUCAAAAAUAGAUCAUGAACAUCAAAGGCGAUGAGAAAGUCUUUAACACACAGCAGGAUCAUCAUGCCUGACUUGUUUUGUAGUCAGCACCACGCUAUUUCUUUCUGCUCUCAGAUCCCACUCCGUUUCUCUGCCCACGCCAUUUUAUUUGAAGCACCUUUUUGUGGCAGAAUGAGAUCCACCAGACGGUAAAGAACUAAUACAAUAUUUUGUUACGUUCAGUUUCCUCGUGA